AUGAUCAUCUUAUAUUUCUUUGUAUUCUCAUUUGUUAUACUAGGUGUAUCCUCCAUAAAUGGCACACGCGACAUUUCCUAUGAAGCCAGAUUUUUGACACAAUUCGCAUCGCACGAUGAAAGAGGUGGUUACGGUGGUAAUAGACCUGGGAGUGCAACAAAUACUCACAGCUGUAACAAUAUUCGGGGUGUCCCAAUUAUCUUACGUGACGGGGCCCACAUGUUUCCCGAUGGACUGACUUCCUUUUACCAAAAAUAUACGGAAGCAUAUGAUAUUCCCGUGGUCAGUUCAAACAGGGUUAGUGACAGUGCUCUUCAGAGAGCCUGUUAUGUGUUGAGAUUUAUCCUGGCAGACAGAUAUGAUGUGCGAAACGCUUUCUAUAAGAGUGGUGGUCGGGUGGCCCUGAUUGGAAUAAAUGAAGACACCACCAGCAUUCCUGAACACAGUUUCUUGGCCGACUCGUGGAACCUACGCGCCAGGGGUCUUGGCGGCACUCGAGGUAUCCCCAUCUCUACAGCGGGGGAAGAAAAUGCGUUGUGCUUGGCUAACGACCGUUACCCGUCUCAAGAUAUUAACCUUCACGAGUACGUCCAUGCUUUACAUCUAAUAGGCGCAAGUGUGGCCAUACCUGGAUUUCACAACCGCCUAACAAGUUUAUAUAAAUCUGCAAAGUCUGCCGGAAGAUGGGCAAAGACGUACUCUAUGAGUACAGUCCAGGAAUAUUGGGCGGAGGGUGUACAAAGUUAUCACAAUGUAAACCGUCAUUCCGCCCAGCCGGAUGGAACCGCAGGACCAAUCAGUAACAGAAAUGCACUGAAAAGUUACGACCCAGGACUCUAUGACAUCAUACGGGAAAUAUUUCCCUGCGAUAACGAAUAUAUCAAACGGUGUACUAAGAGUAGAAGUGCAGAAGCAAGUCAAGAGCUCAAAAUGAAUUGCAAAGGAGGAGUGGAUAAUGGGGGUGGACUUGAAGGAGUGAAUGCAGUAGAAAAUGGCGGAAGGAAAACGGGAAGACGAGGCAAUAAAGGAACUCCUGCGACAUCUUUCGUCAGAGCUACGGCUCCAACAACCCAUACGCCUUCCUCGUCAGGGUGUGAAGACAUGGAUCGGGAAUGUAAGGAAUGGAGCCAGCAGAAUUACUGUACUAGUAGCAACUAUGUGAAAAACAAUUGCAAGAAAAGUUGUAACACAUGUAAAAGCAGCUCGAGAAAUCAUGGUAACUGUUUGGACGAAAAUGCGUAUUGUGCGUCUUGGGCCGAAAUGGGGGAGUGCACGAACAACCCAGGAUACAUGCUAAACUUUUGUAGAAGAAGCUGUGGUCUCUGUUCAAGAUAGUAUCACAUCUAGCGAGCAACCUAACCUUUUUAUGUAUAUUUUCUAAAAAUCUCCUAAGUACACACUUUAUUUCAGGAAAACUAAAGAUUUUCACGAUAAUGUAUUAUUUUUCUAUAAGAAUGGUUACCAUUCUUAUUAUUUUGGAGAAUUAAAACAUUUUCACCC